CUCAGCUCACAACUCACUCAACUUCCUCAGAGAAGCACACACACUCUCUCUCUACCCGAAUGGCUCCUACCUACACCAGCGACUCUGCCAACACCAUGCUCUCUGCUAAAGACAAACAUAAACUAAGGAAACCAGUUGUGGAGAAGAUGCGUAGAGACCGCAUCAACACCUGCAUAGAGCAGCUCAAGACCCUGCUGGAGAGGGAGUUCCACAAACAGGACCCCAACACCAAGCUGGAGAAGGCUGACAUCCUGGAGAUGACAGUGGGGUUCCUGAAGCAGAAGCUGCAGCCUCAGAGCCCAGUCCCCCAGAGGGCCCACAGUGAGGGCUACUCCCAGUGCUGGAGGGAGACCCUGCACUUCCUGUCUUCCAGCUCCAUGAAGGACAUGAUGCUUCAGAACCUCCAGAGAGCUGGCCAGGACGUCUGCCCCUCCUCGCCACUCUCCUCCCAAUAUCAACACCACAGCCAGGGCCCAGUGAAGCAGUCCACCAGUGGUCACAAAACAGUGUGGAGGCCCUGGUAGAACCACUACUUGGAGAUUCUCUAUCUCACAAACUGGAUGGGUGUUUACUAUCUUUCUUGCUGUAGGAAAUACAUUUCCAAAUGUUAUAUUGAAAUUAUAUUAUUUUCUUGCUAUAUAUGAAAUUAUUUCUACUGAUGUGAUUAUUAUUCUCUCUCAGAGAAGAAGCUGAAAAUCAUAUUUGUAUCACUUUAUAAUGAAGAAUAUGUGUAAUAUUUUACAUGUAUAUGUUUACGCGUGUAUGCAUUUUGUGCUCCCUUGAUGCACCAAUGUGUCCUUUAGUCCUUUCAUUUUCUUUGAAGAUGAUUUGUUAAGGUUAUAUAUUUUCAUUUAUGGUUGCUUAGCCAACUGAAAUCUUGCGUUAACCAUAUUGUAUGUACUGCCCUAUUGAAGGGUAUUUACAAAUGCUUUGAUAUGCCUUUUGUAAAGGCUUUUUGGGACGUUGUUGUUCCACCAUAGGCACUGUUGUGCUGUGAAAUGUAUUGUUGACACUGUGUGUCUUUCAUUCUCAGUUGAUAAAGUGAACAUGCAUCCAAAAAGGAUUCCAAUUAAUGUUUUGGAAAGUAACCAUACUGUGUUUGUGUGUUUCUAAAGGAGCUGUAAUUAACCGGGGGAUAAUGGGACAUAAUGUAGAAAAAACAAUGUAGAGGGAAGAUGGAAUGUAACAAAUUUAACUGAAGUUGAAGUAAACAGGAAAUUACAGAUAACGCAAACAGGCAGUGUACUGGUAAAUACUGUAGUUAGAAGUGCAGGCAUCUGUACACAUCAGCACAUGAGGAUUUAUUAUCGUGUUUAUCAGUGCAAUGUGUCUACUGGGCAGAGAAAAGCCUCACUUCUGAUUGGUGAAAAAAUAAAGGAAGGAUGAUACUGUAUGUAAAAAAAA